AUGCUGCCCUCGCAAGACAACGCCAACAUCUCCCCAGUAAUCAGCAUUGCUGGCGUACCACUCCACCGUCUUCCUCAGUCCCUCCUCCCACGUUGUGCGCUCCGACCACCCCAGCCUCCUCAUCUUCUCACCGUCCACAAAGUACCUUUGGUCAUUGAACGGCCUGUCCUCCACGAACUUGAUGGCCUUCUCAGGGUCCACCCCAAGAAUCUCACAUAUGUCCCUGGCCACAUCCACCACUCCCCUCUCCUUAGCCGCGGCGAUGUUAUACACAUGCCCAACCUCUCCUCUGUGAAGAACAACAUCAAAGGCUUCUGCGACAUCCUCACAGUACAAGUAGCUCCUGGCAUUCGAGCCAUUCCCAUAAACCGGGAGUGGCAGGCCUCUCAUUGCCAGGAGAGCAAAUUUGGGGAUGAGCUUCUCGGGGAACUGGUUUGGCCCAUACACAUUGUUACCUCGUGUGGUGAUCACCGGAAGAUUAUAGGACCUUGCGUAGGCCAUCACCAGCAUCUCUGCCCCGGCUUUCGUAGCCGAAUACGGGUUCGUCGGAAGCAGCCGAGAUUCCUCAUGGUUACCAACAACAGCAUUGACAUCAGUUUCUCCGUAGACUUCAUCGGUGCUGACAUGAAUGAACCUUCUGAUCUUAACCUGCUUGCAUGCCUCGAGGAGGAUGUGGGUACCGUACACAUUGUUUUUGGUGAACUCAAAGGAACAGCUGAAGGAGUUGUCGACGUGAGUCUGGGCAGCAAAGUGCAUGACGGUAUCGAUCGACUCGGUGACCAGGAGGUGGUUCACCAAGUCGGCACUGGCGAUGUCGCCCCUGACAAACUUGAAAUUCGGGGAUCCACGAGAAGGGUCGAGGUUUCUAAGGCUGGAGCAAUAGUCGACCCUGUCGAGAAUGACGAUGUUGUAGCGCGGGUAAUUCCUGACCAGACGGUUUGCCACGUGGGACGCGAUGAAACCCGCGGCACCGGUUAUGAGGAUGUUCUUGGGCUCAUAGGUUGCCAUCUGGAGUGGCUUGAUAUACCUACAAAAUCAAAUAAUUAG